CAAUAAAAACAAAUAUUGUUAUAACUGUAACAGAAUUAUACACAAUACAAGUUUUCUUUGGAUUUUUAUUCAAACACACACAUACAGUGAACAAACAGCCAGAGCGAAAAGAUCUGAGAAACGAACGAAGAUAACCCAAGUGCCGUGCGUUCAAUUACUGUCUCCUAAAAUAGAGUAGGGCCAACAAUUUGGCAAGCGCAAGAUUAAGCAGGAAGCAGCCAACGGGAAGCUAUAAACACAGCGAGCGGUCAAAGCUGAGAUUUUUAGGCAGCCGCAAGUUAACUUCCGUGCCAGCAGCAGCAGCAGCAAGUGAAGAGAAACGUGACGCGAGACAGUAGCAAGUACGCUAUAUUGCCGACGGCAGAGAUUUAAUAUAUACACAAGUACACAUAUUCACAUGUAUGUGCAUUGCGUGUGUGUGUAUAUAAUAAUAGGCAGCAACUAGUGUUAGAGCCGUGUGUGUCGUCUGUCAGCAACUCCCUCGACAAAGGCCAACAAAGUUCAACAAACAACACGCCAGACACUUCACUUGGACAAGUAGACAAUUGAUUAUUGAUUUUGUCUAAAGGCAACUUCACAGCGCAUAAAAAGUAGCGAAAAGCAAAACAAAAGAAGGCAAAGCAGUUGCAGCCAGUGUUGUGCAGUGUUAAGCGCUAAAGCGCGCAGUGUUGAGCAGCGAGCAUGAAGACUUACAAGCGCUAAGCAGACAAUACACAAACAACAAUCAAAGCAAAUACUGAAGUGCAAAACCAACAACAACAGCUAGCUCGCACGCCCUCUCUCGCUCUCGCUCUCACUCUCGCUACCCCCAGCUCCUAGUCUUCGACUUCCCUUAGUCCGUUUUCCAUACACACUCGUACAUACUCUCGCACGCAAGUAGACAAACACAGCGUCAACAUAAGCCGUCUAAUUGAGAAAGUGCGCCAAAGCAACAAAUCGAAAAUGUUCUUCUCGCUCGCACAGACCUUGGUCUGCGUGCUGCUCAUCAAUGGCGGCCUCUAUGCGCUGCAUCUGAGCGGCAACAGCGAGAAGCAGGCGGGCGCUAGCUCCAGCUCAGCGCUGCAGCCGGGCUCCGGAUCGGGCUCGAGCUUGCCAUUGGGCGCAGGUCAUGUGAGCGCUGGCGGCGCUUGGCAGUCGCAGCCCCAGCAGCAGCUGCAUCAACAUGCGGGCGGCGGAGCGCCACCUGGCGGCGGACUAGGCCAUGGGCAUGGCCAUCGUUCGGCUGCUGCGGCUGCUUUCGAUGCGACCACGGGCCGUUUGAACAAGGAAAUUGCGGACAUGGCGCAGCUGGAGCGCGAGCGUUUGAUGCUCCUCGGCCUGGCCAAGCAGACGGCCGAGAGUCCCGACACGCCCGCCGGUCAUCACGGCCGGCCCAUCAUUGCGGGCCGCGUCAAGAUGCAGCCCAGCGAGGAGUUGGAUGUGAGCGACUAUUCGGCGCUGAUGCAGCAGGCGGCACGCGAUCUCAUGUUUGGCAGCGUGCAAAAGCAGCCGCCGCCGCCAAUGGCCACCGACAUGGAUUACGAGCAAUUGCGCGAGCUGGGUCGGCGUCCAGUUAAGUACGACUAUGGACGCGUUAUGCAGCCAUCGGAGCAUGAACUGGAGAGUGAAACUCUCUAUGAGCCGCUGCAUGGUUUCGGCGACUUUGAUGACUUCUCAGAGCUGGAGCAGAAUUCUGAUGACCCGCAUGUGGGCGAGGAUGAGCUGCUGCGCGAGCUAGAUACCUAUCAGUACCAUGGCCUAGAAGAGGAGCCGCUUUCGCUACCCGAAAAUCCCUAUCGCCUGCAGGAGCAGCUCGAUUUGGACGCACCCGAGACACUGCAAAAACUGCUCGAGCAACAGGAGCUGCAGCGCGAUGCGCCUGCCAAGUCCAACCAAAAGACGCACUCGCUCGGCAACUAUAACAUUCGCAUGCAGCAGAAGUGGGCCAGGAAACGGGCUCAGGUGCCCAGGCAACAGCAGCCAGCGCUCCAGCGCAACAUCUUCGGUCAACACUUCAAGCAGCAGCGCGGCAAACUGGCUCUAGCCAACUCAGAAGCCACUGCCAGCAAGCAUCUGAAGGCGGCCACACGUUCCGGCGGCUCUAGCUCCAGCUCCAGCUCCAGUUCCGCUAACGUGGAAAAGUCGGCGCAGAAUGAGAAUGGCGACGCAGCGAAGAAACAACCGCACGAAUCAUCGGCAGCAACUGUUGGUGAUGCACAGCAGCAACAGAAGCAGCAGCCGUCGUCGUCGUCCUCCUCCUCAUCAUCGUCGGCAUCGUCUUCGCAACAGCAGUCUUCGCAGCAGGAGCAAAACAAGAAAGAAUCGGAUCCAUCGCUUAUGCUUCCCAAUCAUAAACGAUCUGGCAACGCUGCCAGCGCUGGACUAUCUGGCUAUACGUCGCCCCCAGUUUCCCACAGCAUUGCGAGCCAAUUAAUGCUGCGCACAGCGCGCGGCCAACGGCAAUACGAUGUGCCACAAAUUGAGUGCCCCACCGCAAUGGAUGGCAUGGAGCGAUUCGCUUGCCCCACACCGGAUCUGCAGGGACGCUAUCGCUGUAUAGAUGACCAUGUGCUGUGCGACGGCUUCAUCGAUUGCCCGGAGGGCGAGGAUGAGGACAGAAGAUCCUGCAUGUUCUACAAGACGACGAAAGCUCAUUUGGAUGUGUUAGCGGAUGCGUUACUACGCUGGGCGCGGGGGCGUUAAAUCCACACAAAACACAUACAAGCAGACACACCUUGAUAAACAUACACACACACUUGAUAAAAAAUGACAGCUAGAGAACCCACGUUAACCAUAAAUUAAAAUUAGUUUUACUAUAUAUUUAACAUUAAUCGUGCAAACCUAUUAAGUUUAAACAUGAACAGACACAACAUACAUACACACACAUACUAACCACCCCGCCUGCCCACACACCCAAAAAAAUAAAAAUAAAAA